AAUUCAUUUUUGUUUGUCUCCUGCUAUUGGAGCCUGUGCGUGGAAAAUCUCUUUUGUGGUUCAGUUUGCGUGUGUGUAUUGAAGGAAGGAAGGAAAGAGGCUCCUGAGGCUCGCUCCUACGCUGGGGAUCAUGGACAUUCUUUUCCCUUCCCCGAACAACAUGGACAAGAGUGUUCUGCCUGUCCUGCCCACGCUGACUCAGGAAGAUGUUUCUACCAUCUGGGAACUUGUAUCAGAUUUUAUUCAACAGCAGUAUUCACUCUCGAAGGGAGUUCAAAUUCCAGAUCUUGGAAUAUUUACUUUUAUAAGACAACGACUGGAAAUAGGAAACAACAAAUUUAUCAUAGCCAAGAGGCCUUUGUUUUUUCUAUCGGAGAAACUAAUACAAAAACAUGGUCUUAAACAGAACAAAAUCUAUGUUCCUGGUGACAUCCCAGUUGUCCCACUAAGCUUUGUUACAGUAACGCUGCAGAGCCCUUUCAACAAGGAUGUGGUGGAAGGCUGCAUAAAAGAGACACUGCAACUUUUAUCACGAUCUAUCUCUAUGAGAAAACACGUCGAGUUUACUUUUAAGGGAAUUGGUGUCCUUGCUAUUAAGGAUGACAAAGUGAAGAUGAAAUUUUUUAAAGACUUCCUUUAUGGUGUAGAUGGCAGCGGAUCUUUGGUGUAUACCUUAGCAAAUAGGCCUUACACGGCAGACUCGGUAAUUUCUAUCACAGAGAACGAUAAGAUGCGUCCCAUCAGCGUCCUUUCCUUUCCAAGGACUGAUAUGAAGGAGAGUGAGAAAAAAUUACGAAUGGAAACUAUUACUGAAGAAAGUGAACAGAGUAAGCCAAGAACAGCUUUAACAAAAGAAAAGUCAGGCAAAGAUGAUGACAGAGCCAUGUUCUCACUAAAGCAAACUCAAGAAAAAGUUAUACCCACUGCCAAAGAUACCAUCUUGUGUAAGUCAGAGGAGAAAGAAUCUGAGGCAAAGGAAGUAAAGAAAGAAAGAGUUUCAUUUUCAGAUUGUCUGAAGAAAAAGAAGCCUAAAAGUUUCAAACACUCUUCUUGUGAAAAUCAUAAUAAGGCUGGACAGGAACUGUGCUAUGUCUGCCUGCAACGGGCACAGCAGACUAUCCCAAUGUAUGACAAGAAGGAGGAGAAAAAGAAAGAGCUGGAAGAGGAAAGGCUCCUACAUCAGUGCCUAAUGUGGAAAGAACAAAAAUCCCUUCUUAAACAAAGGAUGAAGUGCUUAGCUACAAGAGAACAAAAUCAAAAAAAUGCUGCCUUUAAUCUUGGUGUGGCCGAUGCUAUAAAGACUCACAAGAAAAUAAAGCCGGAGUUCUCUAAUACCUUUUUAUUUGAUAAAAGACCUGAGAGUACUGGUAUCAAUAUUGCAAAGCAUAAAGAAUAUACCCAAAGUCUGCUACAACAAAUCAGAAUCAAACAGGAAAAGGCAAAGAAGGAAAAACAGAACAAGGAGUUGAUGGAUAAGUUAGAGCGAGAGCAGACCAAAGAUAUGGCUAUUGCACAAAGAGAGAAAUUUCUGAAAGAUAAGGUGGAAGAGAGGGUCUCUUAUAAAAGACAAUUGGAUAUGCAGGUUAAGAAUGAUAAACCUUUUCGGCUUCCUGCCUCGGUGGCAGACUCUGAUGAGCCCAUUUUUGGUAAGGAUGAUGGUUAUGCGCUGAUGAUCAGUCACCAGAAAGAACUGGAAUGCCGGAAGCACCAGCUGAAGAGAGCUGCUUCCAACCAGAGGAAGAGAGUCAUCGAUGGGCUGAUGGACCAACACCGGGACAUACAAGCCCUUCAGAAUGUUCGGAAAGAGCUCUUGGAAGAAAGAAUUGUUGAAGCGAACAGAGUGAAAAGCAUGAAUGAAGACUUAUUAGACCACUGGGGAAAGUGUGUCCAUGAGAAGAGGCAGCGUGAGGAAGAAGCAAAGGCUUUUGACAGCGCGCCCGACAGGCUCUUCCUGCUGGACCAGUGCGCGCGGUUCCGGCGCUGCACGCGCUGCCAGCGCAGCCUCUCCAACGACGGCAAGACCCACGCGUGGCCGCUCAACAAGUUCCUGACGGGCUCCCGCGUGUACAUGUAGGGAGGACUCGGAGCCGCGAGGCCCGACGGUGCUUCUAUGCCCCAGCUGUCACGAGGCGGUGGGGAGCGGCGUGUUUCAGACGGGUGGGAGGACAGGGCCUCUCCGUCGCCGCCGGCCCCUGGCGACCCCCACCCGAGGCUACGGAGGCCGCUUUUUCCCCCCCUCUGCGAAGAUGUCAUCUCUCCGAAUACGUCACCAGAGGGUCUGCGUGUGCCUGGUCUGCACACCUGCAGCCUCGGGGAGGCCGGCGCUCACCCAAGGGAACGGCAGUCUUGACCAAAACAUGUUCAUUUGUCCUCUUUUCUCAGCCCCUGCCCUAGGCACCCCGAUUACCCUAAAUAAAGAUGAGAGAAGCUCUGAGUUCUGAAGGAAGAACCUCAGACCAUUUGCCUUCACCUCCUAUCUUUCCUCUCUUAGAAAUGGGGGAAACUCUAGGUGAGGGAUAUAGCUAAAGCAUGCCUUUGCCCUACUACGGUUAAAAAAAGGAGAAAUGAACUGUGAAUAGAUGUCACUGCAC